AUGGAUUGGGACCACAACGUCACCUUUUCUGCGGUGAGAUCGCUGCAAGCCACUACGGCUGUGGCCCAAGCUACAGAUAACGUCGUCGACUUGGAUCGAAACCGUGUCGAUUCCCGUCCAGGUGUCCUCCCCACAAAGAAUGAAUCUUCCCCACACUCGUCAGCAUCUUUACCGCCACCGUCACCACAUCCUCCUCCACCGCCCGCUUUCACUCCCUCGCCUUCGCCUUCGCCCUCGCCCUCGCCACAAACUGCCACUGCCAGGUCGUCCGUCACUGAUGCAGCUCCAGCACCAAAGCGUUCGCCUCGUUCACCUUUGCACUCAAACGGCAGCUUUCCUCCAGUCUCAGAUCCGAUAUCAUCCAUCGACUCUCGAGAUGCGCUCGACAUCGACCAUGAAUCCACUGCCAUGCUUGCCUCCUCCUCCUCGGCACGCAAGUCAAAACCCAAGCUGCAACCGCAGCUUAUCAACCAUCUUCCCCUUGCACAACAAGCAGCGAUGGCCACUUUCCACGAGAUCACCUUCAAUGACUAUCAUGACAAGAAGCUUGGCAGACCGCCUGGCAAAUUCGACGACUACAUGAUCUGCGACUGCACGCCCAACUCGGGCAACCUUGACAUGGCCUGCACAGACUAUUCCGGCUGCAUCAAUCGCAUGACUCAGAUCGAAUGCUCAGCUUCAAAAUGCCGCUGGGGCAAACAGUGUCGCAACCAGCGCUUCCAUCGAAGACAGUACGUCGAUGUCGACAUUGUUCAGACCGAAAAGAAGGGCUUCGGCCUGCGCGCCUGCCAAGACAUCCCAAAAGAGACCUUCAUCUACGAAUACGUCGGCGAAGUCAUGAACCAGACCACCUUUCUCCAACGCAUGCAGCAGUAUCGCAUCGAAGGCAUUCGUCACUUUUAUUUCAUGAUGUUGCAACCUAACGAAUAUCUCGAUGCAACCAAAAAGGGCGGCAAGGGUCGCUUCAUCAACCACAGCUGCAAUCCCAACUGCGCCGUCUCCAAGUGGCAGGUUGGCAAACACCUUCGCAUGGGCAUCUUUGCCAAACGCAACAUCCAAAAGGGCGAGGAGCUCACCUUCAACUACAAUGUCGACCGGUACGGCAACGACGCGCAAGAGUGCUUCUGCGGUGAGCCCAACUGCGUCGGCACUCUCGGCGGCAAGACACAGACCGACCUCAGCGGCAUGGAUGACCUUUUCCUCGAUGCGCUCGGCAUCUCGGACGAAGUUGAGCAGACAGAAGCAAAAGGUUCUCGUCGAAAGCGCGGAAAGCGGCUCGAUCUCGACUUUAUCCCACAGAUGCGUGCCAUCCAGGAGCACGAAGCAACGCGCGUCAUGACCGCCGCUCGCCAAGCAGGUCCCAAACGCGAGAUUCUCGAAAAGCUUUUGCGCAGGAUGGAAAUGACCACCGACGUCAAUGUACAAAAGUCGCUCGUCAAGCUGCACGGCUUUAUCCUCAUGCAGUUCUUGCUCGAGCAAUGGUGGAAUGAUCGCGACAUUGUGAUUCUCAUCAUCAAUGUUCUUGCUCGGUGGCCCCUCAUAGCACGCAACAAGGUCAUUGAUUGCGGCGUUGAGGAUCAGGUUCGCAUCCUUGCCCAGACCUAUCGUCCACGCUCGCCAGAAGAUCAGAAACCCAGCCUCGACGCUCUACGUCAAGUCAAGCAAGACGACUCGGCUGCUGACCGUAACGACUACACGCAAGUCCAGCCGACAUUGGCACCUGUGCGAAUAGGUGCACCUCCCGCACCAGACGCAGAGGUAUCUGCUCGCGCCGAACACCUGCUCGAGGCGUGGAAGAAGCUCGACAUGACGUACCGCAUCGCACGCAAGGAUGCUCUCAAACCCGACGCUGACGAUCACAAGGAUGCCACCGCCGUCACCACGUGGAUCGACCGCAGAAGAAUGCAGGAUCUCGACGAUCCGCUGGACCUGGAACAUGCACAAGCUCCUAAUGCAGUUUCUUCGGAGCUUGGAAACGCUCUCUCGGGCGAUCAAGAAUUGCGCGAGAUCAAACCGUCGUGGCAACCGCCACCUGCGCCACCCUCGAUGCCAAAUGCACCAGCAAAGCGCAUGGGCGGUGCCGUCCACCAUCGAUCCCCGCCAGGCAGCUUCACGCCCACCCGACUCCAAUCCUCGGGUCAGAGUCCGCUUACACCCGACCAGGUGACGUCUGUCCUGUCUUCGUCGUUGGUCAAGUCGCUUUCCGGCCUGGUCUCAUCGCUCAAGCAGCAAGGUAUUCAGUUGCAGCAGCAGCAGCAGCAGCAGCCACCAGCACAACAGCAGCCAUCAGCACAGCCCGCUGCCCCGUCUGCAAAGUCGAUCGAAGACAUUAUCCGAGAGGCAAACGAACAGGAGGAGCGUGCACGAAAGGAAGCCGAGGCUGCCGCCAAAGCAGCACGCGAGCUCGAGGUCAACGGCGGUCAGACGAGCGGUUCUUCGCGCAAACGCCCUUCUUCGGCAUCUCGUCACUCGGACAAGCGAGCCAAGCACUCGUCCUUGUCGUCAUCGAGCCAGGCGGCAUCGAAGCUGAUUUCGUCCAACGGUUCAGCUGCAGACUCAACCUCGAAAGCUGGUAGCGUGGAAUCGGUAGCUGCCAACGAACGACGACUUCGGAAGCUGGUGGGCGAAUUAGUGGUACGUCAAAUGUCCAAGUACAAGGACGACUUGGAACGCGAGAGCUUCAAACGCCAUGCCAAGGAGUUGACGAAUGCCAUUGUAGGCAAGGAGAUGCGCAACCCUAAAUCAUGGCCUCCUGCCCGCGGCGCUCUGACCGAACUGUCAUUGGACAAACGGGCCAAGAUCAAAGCGUUCGCCAAAGAGUAUAUCGACAAGCUUUUGGCCAGAAAGGGCAAAGGUAAAGGCUCGAGCACACCCUCGAACAAUGAAGGGGCAGGAAGCAGCAACAAUGGCAUUGUCUGA